CAAGAAUGAGCUGAGCGAUGAGUGACGACCAUUGAUCUUGUUGUGUUGGCAGGGAGUUCGACAAAGUAUUCUUUGAUGCUGCUAGUACUAGUAGUAGUGUGUCCUGUCCAUCAACUCUCUUUACGGAGAUCUAAGUGAUUAGUGCAAAGUGGCAUGCACUGAUGCAGAACAUCGGUGGAAUUAGUUGAGGUCUCGUGUUUGUGCCAUGCAGACAUGUCGAGCAGUGGUGCUGAUAGACCUCCUGAAUUCUCCCAACUGUUACGUGAGAUAGACACGGUAGUAAGUACUAGUGAACAGCGUCAUCGCAGUGAGUUGCAAACUCUACGCCAGAAAGCUGUGGAUUCCUCAUCACAGAUCAACAGUUUAGAGCGUCGGUUGCAGUCACAGACUCAACACAAUGGCACUCUACAGUCAGAAAUCCUACAAUUACAGCGACAGCUGCGUCAGUACUCGGGUGUGUCAGAGCAGCUGGAAGAUUUGCGUGCACAGUCUGAGCAGCUCAGACAGACCCAUGAGCAGUCCAAGGCCAAGCACAAGCGCCACAUGCAACGUGCUAAGGAUCGACACGCUCAGCUGGAGGCUGAGAAUGCAUCAAAGACCACUGAGCUGGAAUCUGCACGUCAAAACCUCCAGUCUGCUCGAACACAGCUAGCAACAGCCGCGGCGGAUGAGCGCAGUUGCAAGGAAGAGCUGAGUUCUGUGCGGCAGAGGACGAACUCAUUGGCGGAAAAAUGUAGCUUGCUACGGCAACAACUGGAACAGUGUGAGGCAGAUCGCACAUCCCUUCAGUGCCAAGCUCAGGAGACUAGCCAGAAGUAUCAAAAUCACAUUUCCGAGCUAGAGUCAAAGGUUCACACACUUCGCAUGACCAGCACUAGUAACCUGGAGCUCACGAAGUCAUCUUUGGACAAAGCCCAAACACAAGUUCAGCAUCUAACAGAGGAAAACCUUUCACUGAGAAGACAAGUUACAAAAACUAAUGGCGAACUAGAACUUCUGAACGUUAACUACGCCUGCCUGAAGGAUGAACUAUCAGCAAUCAAGGAGGACUUACUGCAUGCACAGCACACUGAAAAACGUGAUGCUAGUCGAGUGGCUGAGCUGGAGCACAAGCUAUUGCAGAAAGAUGAUGUCGUCAGGGCAUUUGAGGAAAGCCAGGAACGAAGCUCAUCAGCAGAACUUAAUCGCUUGCGUCAAGAGGUGGACAAUCUCAGUCGUCGAUUACAACGUGCUGGAUCCGCAGAGAAUGAGUUGCAGUCGAAAAUCUCGAGACUCGGUGAAAGAACUGAGUCCUGCCAACACGACAAUAAUGCCCUGAAGCAAGACUUGGCUAACACGCGGUGUGAGUGUGAGCGUUAUCGAAACCUUUACCAAGAGAUGCAAAGCAAAGAGUCUAGCAUAUCUGAGGAACGGUCAGAGGCACAGCGAACUCGUCUUGAAGUGCUACAACUGCAAUCGCGUCUAUCAGCACGUGAGGAAGAGUCAAGUCGAUGGACAGAACAAGUACGAACCACGGAAGAGCAGCUCAGAAAAACGAUGGAUAGUAGGGAUUCUUGCCAGGCACAGCUCAAGGUGGCCAAUGCCCAGCUGGAUGAGUUGCGAUUGCAAAAUGCCUCUCUUCGCUCCUCCCUGCACACUCUGGGCACGAAACCAGCACCAUCCUCGGGACUGGAUCAACGGCCAUCUCAAUCGAAAGGUAUGCCGACCUCUGCUUCAGGUGGUUCUGCUGCUGCUGCUACAGACCACCAGCGUAUGGCGGCGGGUGAUACUAUAUAUUUAAACGUGACAUCACCAACACGAGUAUUAUCGCAUGGAAGCACAGGGGAUAGGACAGGGUAUGAGGUCAGCGUCACUGCUCCCGUCUCGUAUUCUACUGAUCUACCGCAUCUCCAAAAUGCUGUACCACCUGCAGCAGCGGCAGCAGUAGCAGUUUUAGCACCGGCAAGCCAACCUCAGGCUGCCUACAGUCUGUUGUCUAGACAGAAUUUCCUCUCUACAGCAACAGCAGCAUCAACUGGCCCGGUGCAGUCAAUGCCACCAGCUAGAGUAGCAACAGAGCCACGCUUCACUACUGGUGAGGACAGCAUCAGGACUAUACCGGCGGACUCAGAACUGCUCUCCGCAACACCGUCCACUAUAAGCAAGUUCUCUGACAUGGGUUCGGUCAGUUCACUGACUACAUCAGAUUCAGAGCCAAGCACCAGUCGCCAUGCCAAUAUUGAAACGCAAACCACUGCAGCGGCAAUAGCGGAAAACCCGUAUUUAACACCCGCCGACAGGCGCAGUGAGGAGUGCAGGAGCGGCCACGUGGAGGCAGCACGUAUGCCUAGCCAUGGACUAGCAAACGGUGGGCAUGAUGAUGGUGAUGUGACGUCAUCGUUCACUGCCAGCACGGCACAGCUCUUAGACUACAGCUCCACAUCAGGUGACUUAUCCCGGCAUACUGGCAUUAGCACUGAUACUGCAGUAGCAUCGGGAGGAACAUCUACACAAGCGCAGGCAACAUCAGCUCAACCAGCUGGUCACUCCGGCCCUAUACCGAUGAUGAGCGAAGAGUUUAUGCACGAUUUCCUCACCGAUCACAUGUCUGUCUUACAGACACGCAUUGAAGAAACAAUAGAGAAAUUAGGAUUAACAAAAGAAGCCACAUAGCCACUGUACAUGCCCUAGUGCAGCACAAUUAUUAGUUCACGCACACAUGUCCAGCUAAUAUCUGUUGAUCUUAGUAUUGAUUGCUAGUUCCCUUGACUGCAAUAUCUGACACAAUGCGAACAGCAUAGGAAGAAAUGGCAUUGCAAGUCUGUUACCAGUCCGUUACCAGAACUUUGUGAAGAAAGGUCUUCUUUCACAGUCUUUCACAAUGCGUUCAUCAUCCAUUGCCUUUUGUGCUAGUACCACCGUGCACUGUAGCCACUGGAUUUGCUGCUGUCUUCCUCUUUCUGCGGACUGGUCAUGUCUGUGACCGCUUCAUUCCUGGCCUAUCCUCUCUUACUUUGAUAAGAAAUAUUUACUUUUUGCUGUUAUCAGUUCCGACUGACCCGGGCUAUCACACUGAACUAGACAACAACAAUAUAGACUUUUUUAUUGGUAGUUUUGCUCCAAGCCAUAAUUAUUAUGUUUUUAUUCAAGAUUUUGCCAACACCCCUUAGGGCACAUACAAUGUACAUGUCAUCUUUACCAAACAAUCUGUCAUUGUCUUUCCCUUUCCUGCCACCUGCUCAUAGAAUACUGUGUUAAAAUACCAUAAGUAUAGCGUCAAUUUGUUGAUAUUGAGUGGACCAAAGUUACUUGAGCUGACUACAACGAAACUGAA